UCUGAAAUCUCGUCCGAAUACCCCUUCUAUAUUAUUUCCGUCAUGGCAGUCUCGUCCAACCUGUACUCUUGUUUCUUUGUGGCGGUCUCGGCUCUCGUGUUAUGCUUAUUCUCAACGGGUUGUAUGUUCUUCGGCGUGUAUUCUGUGAAUCUCUGGCUAGACGUUAUAUUGAUUGUAUUAAAUGCCGUCGCAGCUAUUUUUGUUCUUAUCGGUCUUUACACGGAGAAACCGGGAUUCCUUAUUCCAUUUAUUGUGAGUGAGAUCGUUCAAUGUGUAGGAUUUUUUCUUCUGGCAACGUACACUCUAUAUUACACGAUUGUGAUAAAGCGGCAACGUUUCUAUCAGAAGUUUGAUCAAAUCCUGAUGAUUGCAUCGAUAUAUCUGGGAAUUCUUGUAUGUGCCCAGGCAACGUGGGUGACAAAUCGAUGCUAUCACUAUCUUCGAUCACGACGUUCUCGAUCAGAUUGUAAUGGAGUCUCACAUUCAUUCUGGGGAUGA